GUGUGGAGCUGGAAUGGGUAUUUCUGCUGCUCCCUCAUUUAGGAGAGGGCUACAGCAUCACCCACUCCUCUCUCCUGCUGGUGAGUGGAAAGCCCUGCUGAAGAACUGAGUGUGACUGAAAUGCUGUGGGAGCUGUGUCCCCAUCAGAGAUUGCAGCCUUACAGCCUUCCUGUUGUGAAUCUGGCAUUUUCUGAUGUCAGUAAAUUAUAGCAGUGAAAAAGCAAGACCUUUAGAUCCAUCAGAGUGAUGCUGGGUAGCACCUGGAGCGAGGCACUGUGACCUGUGUGACUGACACAUGUGCAGAUGGGACUUUGUGCCUCUGCCUCCUCUUCCUGGAAGGUCAGAGCACCACGGGCAGAGCUGGCUGAAUACAGACACUUCACCUGGAGCACUUGUAACGUGUUUUUUUAACCUUAAUUGUACUUUUUUAUGUUGGAGUGGCAAGAGGUGGAGACAAAACAGCUGCCUGUGUUUGGCAAGAAGGCCUGGCAGCACAGGCUGGCAUUGCUGGGUUACUUUUCAUAUUGCUGCCCACAGAACCACAACCAGCAAAGAACCACAACUGCUGCCUGGGCUGCUGAGAAAGCAGCUCACGUGCACCAUGGGGAAGAAAUUGUCCUCCUCCUUCUCAGUGAUGAACUGGCAGCUUAUGGGGAGACUCUGGAGAGGGGCCUCAAGGAGAGUGUGUUUUGAUCAGUCCCAGGAGCAGUGUGCACACAAACAUGCUAUUUUUGAGCUGCAGAUGGAGGAGACAGCACAGCCAGCCCUUGUCUGUGUCCUUCCUCCUGCUCCAAGGAGCAGGUGUGGGGAGCAGAGCUGGAAUCUGCAUGGGAAUCCUGCAGCUGAGCACAGAGUGGUACCAGUGCCCACAGUGACGUAAACUGGGGAGCCGGAGCACAGGGUGCAAUAAUAAAGGACUGGCAGGCACUGACAGCAGGACUUGGCUUUCCUUUUCAGGGUGACAGUGAUGUGGGAAGCUGGAGUUUAUCUAUAAAAGAGCAGCACACAAGCCUUGGGGAUGGCAGUUUAUUCCAUUCCUUGGGAACUGGUGAUUCCUCUCCGUGGUCUGAGAUUCCUUCCUGCAGUGAUGCUCCUUGGAAUAAUAACACAAGGCCCCGGUUUGUGGCAGCCAUCUGUAUUUAAUGAUCUGCAAAGGCUUUGCUCUGAGCACUGCUGGGAAUCCACACACCUUUAACAAGCGUGUUCCUUUGGGCCCCUGGCAGGUGGGAUCCAGGGGGCUUUUGAAGUCGGUGUCAAGGCACCCAAAGGCACCCAGCCAACACUUUAUUUAGCAACAGCAACUGGCUGGGGCUCAGACAAAAUCUAAGUCAUUUUUGUAGUGGUUAGGUAAGUCAUGUCAGAAAGCAUAUCAGAGCCUCAGCAUGCUUGUGUGCAGAAACCUGUAAGUGCCACAUGCCUGAGUGACAGCAGAGCUUAUCACCAGCACAAGCAAGUAACUUGAGUGGUGAACAUGGCAGAGGGCUGCAAGGCAUGUUUCGUGAGAUUAUAACCAAGAAGCUGUCUUCUGACACCUACAGUCAUUAGCUACAAUAACCAGGAGCAAAUUAUUUUAUCAGGAAAUUAAUUUUCUUUGGCAGUGAUGGGCGUGUUAGCGAAGUGCUCGUGCAGGUUUACCUCUGCAGCAAUCCUGGGAUGACAGGGCACUGAACAUGCAUGGUUUGAUGCCAGCAAACCCCAGUGACCUUCCCCUUUGAAAAGUGCCAGUUUCAGUACUUUAAAGCAAGUAUUUUGGGGCAAUUUAUUGUGUCCUUUUUGUAGCAUAGAUGGUGUGAAAUUGGUUCUCAUUGUGGAGGUUGGAUGUCCCUCGCCAGCAUAAAGGUUAUGUUGCACAGUGAUGGUUAUGCUCGAUGUUACAGCUUGAAUUAUGCUCACAGAACACAGUAGAGUUUGUGGUUCGGUGCACACAGCCCCCAUCUUUGUCCCUCAAGAGAUUUGGCACCUUGUGUGCCAAACUAGGCGCCCAAAAUAAGUUCCUACUUCUUUCUUCUCAUCCCCUGAGCUCCUGCAUCUGUCAGACACAGAGUACACCACCCCCUCCUUCUCCGAGAUGCUGGGAGAAGAUUCAGUUCAGCCCUGUUUGUUCAGCCCUCAGACUCUGUCGUGACAGGCAGCAUUGAAAAGCUCACGAGGAAAUUAAUAAUUCUGCCUGUGAGCCAGGCACGAGCGGCGUGCAGGAAAUGAGGCAUGAGACCACAGGCUGAAUGAUGAGCAGAGAACAGGGGAGCCAAUUGCUGCUGGCUUUGGGGAGCAUCAUCCCCUGCAUGCACUGGUGGAGGCCAGAGUCCUUGCCUUGGACAUCGGGCUUGGAAGCAGAACUGCACUGCAAAGCAUUUACAGAAGGGGGACAAAUCAAGGAUGCUGUGCCGGCCCUGAAUCUGGCAUUUCCUGACUGGUGCUGGACAUGGACACAGAGGAUGACCCCUUGUUGCAGGACGCCUGGCUGGAGGAGGAGGAUGAAGAGGUGACCUUCAGCUCCUGCAAGAGGCGAGAGGGUGCUGUGUUGUGUGGGAAAAGCCCGUGCAGGGUCAGGCCCCUGCGUGUCACCCUGCCCGUGUCUGGCUUCUGGAAUAUUGUUGGCUGGGUGUUUACCAACCCGUACUGCGCUGGCUUCAUCCUUUUCCUGGGCUGUGCCAUCCCUGCUGUGCUGGCUGUUGUCAUGUUCCUGCACUACCCGGCCCUGGAUAUCGACAUCUCCUACAACGCCUUCGAGAUCCGCAACCACGAGUCCUCGCAGCGCUUCGACGCUCUCGCCCUGGCCCUCAAAUCCCAGUUUGGGUCCUGGGGCAGGAACCGCCGGGACCUGGCUGACUUCACCUCCGAGACCCUGCAGAGACUCAUCUUCGAGCAGCUCCAGCAGCUUCACCUCAACGCCUCCCACCUUGGGGUCAGCGCGCGGGUCAGGCGCAGUCCCCCCGAGGGCAGGACGAGCUCCCCCGAGCCCCGUGUCCACCCCAGCCCGGGGAACAGGACGUCCCGGGUCGGGAGGGGAGCCCCACGCUGGGACUACUCCAGCACGUACAUCAGUGCCAACACGCAGGCUCACGCCCACUGGCGCAUCGAGCUCAUCUUCCUGGCGCGGGGGGACUCGGAGAACAACAUCUUCACCACCGAGCGCCUGGUCACCAUCCACGAGGUCGAGCGCAAGAUCAUGGACCACCCUCGCUUCCGGGAGUUCUGCUGGAAGCCCCAUGAGGUCCUGAAGGACCUGCCCCUGGGCUCCUACUCCUACUGCUCCCCUCCCAGCUCCCUCAUGACCUACUUCUUCCCCACUGAGAGAGGAGGGAAGAUUUACUAUGAUGGCAUGGGACAAGACCUUGCUGACAUCCAAGGGUCCCUGGAGCUGGCCAUGACCCACCCUGAGUUCUACUGGUAUGUGGAUGAGGGCUUGUCUGCUGAGAACAUGAAGAGCUCCCUGCUGAGGAGCGAAAUCCUCUUUGGGGCACCCCUGCCCAACUACUACUCGGUGGAGGAUCGCUGGGAGGAGCAGCGCCGCAAGUUCCAGAACUUCGUCAUCACCUACGUGGCCAUGCUGGCCAAGCAGUCCACGAGCAAGGUCCAGGUACUGUACGGAGGGACGGAUUUGUUUGACUAUGAGGUGAGGAGGACUUUCAACAACGACAUGUUGCUGGCCUUCAUCAGCAGUAGCUGCAUAGCUGUCUUGGUCUACAUCCUCACCUCCUGCUCAGUGUUCCUGUCAUUCUUUGGCAUCGCCAGCAUCGGACUGAGCUGCCUGGUGGCUCUGUUCCUGUACCACGUCGUAUUUGGGAUCCAGUACCUGGGUAUACUCAAUGGUGUGGCUGCCUUUGUCAUUGUGGGGAUUGGGGUUGACGAUGUCUUUGUUUUCAUCAACACCUACCGCCAAGCCACCCACCUCAAGGACCUGCGGCUGCGCAUGAUCCACACGAUCCAGACAGCAGGGAAGGCCACCUUCUUCACCUCCCUCACCACAGCUGCAGCGUAUGCUGCCAACAUCUUCUCUCAGAUCCCAGCUGUGCAUGACUUCGGGCUCUUCAUGUCACUGAUUGUGUCCUGCUGCUGGGUAGCUGUGCUCUUCACCAUGCCAGCUGCUCUUGGAAUAUGGACCCUUUAUGUGUCCCCACUGGAGAGCUCCUGCCAAACCAGCUGUAGUCAGAAGUGCACCAAAAAGAGAGCCUUGCACCUGGCUGAAGAUCUCUUCAUUGCCCCAGAGGCCACCCCCAGGGCAGGCAGAGAGACCCUUCCCUACCUUGACGAUGACAUCCCACUGCUCAGCGUGGAGGAGGAGCCUGUCUCGCUGGAAAUGGGGGAUGUCCCCUUGGUGUCUGUGAUGCCAGAAAAUCUGCAGCUCCCUGCAGAGAAGAGCAACCGGGGGCACUUGAUAACCCGCCUGCAGGAGCUGCUGGAACACUGGGUGCUGUGGUCUGCAGUGAAGAGCAGAUGGGUGAUUGUGGGGCUCUUCCUCCUUGUUUUGCUCCUGUCCAUAUUCUUUGCCAGCCGCCUCCAUCCCGCCAGCCGUGCUCCAGUCUUGUUCCGGCCUGACACCAACAUCCAGGUGCUGCUGGACCUGAAAUACAACCUGAGUGCCGAAGGCAUCUCCUGCAUUACCUGCUCAGGUUUGUUUCAGGAAAAGCCCCACAGUUUGCAGAACAACAUCCGAACCUCCUUGGAAAAAAAGAAGAGGGGCUCAGGGUCACCCUGGGGAAGCAAAGGCAGCAUAAGUGAUACAGGGCAGCAAGAUCUCCAGGGGACUGUGUACAUCUCCAAGUCCAGGAGCAAGGGGAGACCAGCCAUCUACAGAUUCUCACUCAAUGCCAGUGUCCCUGCGCCCUGGCAGACGGUGUCACCGGGAGACGGGGAGGUGCCUUCAUUCCAGGUGUAUAGAGUGCCUUUCGGUAACUUCACCAGGAAGCUGACAGCUUGUGUGUCCACAGUAGGGCUGCUUAAGCAGACGAGCCCCAGGAAGUGGAUGAUGACCACCUUGUCCUGUGACACCAAGAGGGGCUGGAAGUUCGACUUCAGCUUCUACGUGGCCUCCAAGGAGCAGCAGCGAACACGGAAGCUGUACUUUGCUCAGUCGCACAAGCCCCCCUACCACGGCCGAGUGUGUGUGGCACCCCCGGGCUGCCUGCUCAGCUCGAGCCCGGAUGGACCCACCAAAGGCAUCCUGUACGUUCCCAGUGAGAAAGCAGCAGCACCCAGGGCGAAGCCAUCAGCCACGUCCGGGUUUAACCCGUGCAUGAACACGGGCUGUGGGAAGCCGGCGGUGCGGCCGCUGGUGGACACGGGAGCCAUGGUGUUCGUGGUGUUCGGGAUCAGGGGCGUCAACCGCACGAGGCGCCCGGACAACCACGUCAUCGGAGACAUGGGCAGCGUUAUCUACGAUGACAGCUUCGACCUCUUCAAAGAGAUUGGCAACCUGUGCCGCCUCUGCAAAGCCAUCGCCAGCAACGAGGAGCUGGUGAAGCCUGGAGGGGCUCAGUGCCUGCCCUCGGGUUACAGCAUCUCCUCCUUUCUGCAGAUGUUGCACCCUGAGUGCAAGAACAUCCCAGAGCCAAACCUGCUGCCUGGACAGCUCUCUCAUGGGGCAGUGGGGGUGAAGGAUGGGAAGGUGCAGUGGAUCUCCAUGGCAUUUGAAUCGACAACCUACAAGGGGAAGUCAUCCUUCCAGACCUAUGCUGACUACCUGAAAUGGGAGACAUUCCUGCAGCAGCAACUCCAGCUCUUCCCAGAGGGCUCUGCUCUCCGGCACGGCUUCCAGACCUGUGAGCACUGGAAGCAGAUUUUCAUGGAGAUUAUAGGAGUGCAGAGUGCCCUGUAUGGUCUUGUCCUCUCUCUGGUCAUCUGUGUGGCUGCAGUGGCCGUGUUCACCACACACAUCCUCCUCCUGCUGCCAGUGCUGCUCAGCAUCUUAGGGGUCGUCUGCUUGGUGGUGACCAUCAUGUACUGGUCUGGCUGGGAAAUGGGAGCUGUGGAGGCCAUUUCCCUCUCCAUCCUCGUUGGCUCCUCUGUGGAUUACUGUGUGCACUUGGUGGAGGGCUACCUGCUGGCAGGGGAGAACCUGCCACUGCACCAGGCAGAGGACCCCCGGGCGUGCCGGCAGUGGAGGACCGUGGAGGCCGUGCGGCACGUGGGGGUGGCCAUCGUGUCCAGCGCCGUCACCACCGUCAUCGCCACCGUCCCGCUCUUCUUCUGCAUCAUCGCCCCCUUCGCCAAGUUCGGGAAGAUCGUGGCCCUCAACACGGGGGUGUCCAUCGUGUACACGCUGACUGUGAGCACGGCCCUGCUCAGCAUCAUGGGCCCCGGCACCUUCACCCGCAGCAGGACUUCCUGCCUCAAGGCCGUGCUGGGGGUGCUCCUGGCCGGCCUGCUGGGCCUCUGCGUCUGCCUCGCCCUGCUCAAGAGCGGGUUUAAGAUCCCUCUCCCCAACGGGACAGCCCUGUAGAACCCAGGCCGGGAGCCUCUGUCCUCUUGCUCUCCCUUUCUUUUUUUCUUUUCUUUUUAAAGGAUAUUUUUUGUAAAGAAAACAAAAGAGGAAAAAAAUCCCCUUUUUUUCCCGGAAGUUUUUCAACUCCAGAUGCACUUUAUUUUCUAAUGAGUUUUGCUCUAAACUUGUAUUUAUUUUGGGUAGUGACGGAUGGAUGACGGACAGUGAGGGCUGCCCAGGGAAUACCUCAGCCCGUGAGUAGGAGGGGAAGAGGUCUCCUUCUCUCAGUUUUCUUUCUGCUUUUCUUUUCUUUUUUUCUUAUCUUCUUCUUUUAAAUUUCUUUUUUUUUUUUUUUUUAGCCAACAGAGCUUUCUGGAACCGCAAAGCUAAAAGGGGAGAAGUUGGGAAGGCCAUCUGAUCCUUUAAAAAACACUUCCCUCUGUCUCUUCCCUCCCCUUGUCCAGGGUCAGCAUUGCAACGAUGGCUCUUGAGGUGAUGUCCUACCCCCACUCCAAGCCUGUGCCUCUCUACCUGAGCCUUCAAGAACAGCAGUGAGCUGUUGGAAAGGCCUGGAGAACAGCAUUAUCUGGUCCUUUACCUGUACUCAAGCCAGACCAGCAGUGAACUCACUGCACAGGAGCUCUCAUGGGUGUCAUUGUGGGAUCCAGAUUAGAGGUGCUGGGUGGCACCACCUUCUUUCAUCAUUCAGGGAGGGCGUUGGGACACAUGGCUUUCCCCUUCUUUCUGAGGGGGCAGAGCACCUUUUGCUGGAGUCUCUUGGGUCUGUGAACAGCCAUCAAAAGCCUGCCCUCCCCUCCUUCCUCUCAGUAGUGAGGCCAAGGCAACAUCAAUGCCCAGUCCCUCCUGGUCACCUCACCAGUCACUGCCUCUGCCCUUCAUGGUGGAGAGGAAACAGCCCUUUGGUCACUGCAGUCAGCUCUUACUCUGAGGACCAGGAAACCCCUGGGUUACCCAGGUGGAGCCCAUACCUGGUGCCAUGCACAGCAUCCUCUGCACAGGAGGUGCCAUGCACAGCAUCCUCCUGUGUGGGGACACGAGGGCAGAGGAGCUGCAGCUGCCGCCUGCUCCGAGCAGAUGGUUUAUAUUAAAGUAAAAUGAAAUCGCAAACUGGUGCCAUUAACAAGUACAUUUUAAGCAUCACUGGUUCUAUCAUAUUUUAAAAAUUGAAAUAGCUAAGUGUGCAUUGAUAUGCAGCACAGCUGGUCCUCAGCAGAAGGGAAGGGUCGGGCCCACAGGGAGAUACAUUAACCAUUAUCUACAGGGAUAUAGAGGGACGUGGCCAGGAAGGAGCCUGACUCCAUUUCUUUGCAGAUUCCAUGUCCCUGGUGGCUUUGUGUUCUCUGUCUGGAUCAAACCCCCUUUCUAAGAUGGAAUUUCCAGGAAGCCCAUUUCCAGCCAAGUUUUGGGGCCUGUGCUGCUUGAGAGACCAGCAGCUGCUUCUGCUUGGCUCAGUGCAUCCCUGCUCUGAUCCCUCUUACACCUUCACAUCAUGUCACCUCUGGGGAACUGGGUCAAAUGCCUGUUUCUAAAGUAGGUUCCCCAAGGCGUCAGCUGGAGAGAGGAGUGACAGGACAGGACUUUUGUUGAUUCCAGGGGGAAGCCAGAGAUUGCCAGAGCAAUCCUGCUGCAGGCAGUGAGGUUGGUGAGAGCGUGAGCAGAGCACACCUGGUUUCUCCUCACUAUCCCAUGUGCAGCUGAGUCACCCCUUUCUGCAAAGUGUUAAAUGUUCCCUGGCACCUACCUCUGAUCUGCACCAGCUCCUGCAUAAUGAACCCCGUGCCCAUGAAUAAAUGGUUCUGGGAAGGAUUUUCAACUGUGCUUAAGCUGUGCUGCUUUGAUGGCUGCUGUGCACAGUCCAACCCAAUCCUUGACCUGUAAGCCAUGCUUUUCCCUACAUCUGGGCUCCAGGUUUAACUCCUGGUGGUGCCCUGAGCACUCCUGAGUGGCAGUGAGCAGAGAGGGCAGGGUGCUGAUGAUACACAGCCCCCUGGGACAUGUGUGGCUGUGCAGGUGCUGCAGGGGAGAGCGAGGUAGCCCUGCUGCUGCUGCCAAAGAUGCUCUGGCUGGUGACCUGACCUGAACUUGGCAAAGACUUCAACCUCAUUGGGGUGAUUAAAGCUGCUGGAUAUUUCCAGGUCACCAGAGAAGAGAAUAAGGUGCUGAGGGCACCCUUAGAGGAAGUUUCUCCUUCAGUGAGCCUGAGGAAACUUGAAAGGCCUUUAGGACAAGGCAUAGAUGUGCUUUGAAUCCUGCAAAGUUGAAAGCCCAUUUCAGCCCCUGGUGUCCCACAUUUAUGCUCACUAUAAAGAGGCUACAUAAGCCCCCCACCUCCAGCAGGACUCUGGACACACCAUGCUGGGAACAUUCACUCAGCCACUCUUGGAAGGCAAAGAUUAAUUUCAAAGUAGUGGGAAACCUUUUAUGUCUCCUGGGUCUGAUCUGGCAGUGUCUGAUCUGCAGACGAAAAUAACAGAGUUCUUGGUACAUGACAAGAUCCAUCCUGUUUUCUGGAGCAGGCAGGGAAAAGGACAAGCUCUGAUUUUGCCUCCUAUUCUCUGGCCAGCCCAGCUCCCUCCAUGCAGAAGGGCUGGCUGGCACUGGCAGGAGCAGGGCAUCACCUUGCCCUUGACUGUUCAAGGUAAUACUGGGAAAGCAAUGGCUGGAAUUACUCAGAAAGGAGCAGGAGACACCAAGAUAAGUGCAGAGCUGCAGCAGAUGGUUCACCAAGGCAUACUGAGGAGGUUGUGCCUCCCCAGCAAGGAAACUGAGGCAAGGAGAGGAAGAGGAGCUUACACCAGGUUGUAGCAGGAUGGCAGAAAAGUCAGGAGAUAAUCUUAGGUGACGUUUUUCACUGCAAGGACUCAUUGGAUGUUGGUAGUGACUAAACACAGUCAUGACACUUGUCUUAAGAUCUAACCAGUCAUUUGCCCCAUCACCACUUCCCUCUGCACACCUCUGUGGUCAGGGUGGCUGGUGCUUUCUCCACGUGCAGUGGAGUGAAAGAGGCUUAGAGGUGGGGCCCACUUACAACAUCCAGAUCUUCCCAAGCAUCUGUGGAGACAAUAAAUCAGGAGCAGAUGUAUACAUCCAUUUCCACGUAGGCAGUGUCCUCCCUGUGAUUACAAAAUAUCCAUAAAAUUAUAGAGGUAAGAAAAGGGAUGGCUUUAUCUGAGCAAAUGUGGAGGUGGGACUGACAGCCCUGCUGGGAAUUGGUGCUCUGAGGCAGAUGCUUGUAGCAAUAAAAAACAAGGCCUCAUCUGUCUGGUACUGUUCCAGGAGCAGAUGCUCAGCCUAAAUCGAUUCCUCCCACAUUUCUGCCUAUCUUCUUCCUCUGAUGACUCCUCUGUUUCCCAGACCAUCUCUUGGGCCCCCUUGUCUUGCUGAGCAAGGUUCAGUCUGCUCCGUGGUAGCAGCUCAUGCCUGAGGUGCUCACAGAGUCUGGACUGAAAGUGGAUGGAGAAGUCUCAGGGAAAAUUUCUCAGACAGAGGAAGCCAGGGAGUUGAACUGCUUCACACAAACCUGCCAGUUUUGAUGUUUUUAAACAGUAGAACACAUCAGACCAGCCCUACUUGGAAGAGAGUGCUCUGAUUUUCCAUUUCAAAACAAUCUUGCUGCAAUUAAAAGGAACCAUACGUGAGUUCUCAGUUAGAGCACAUGGCAGGGGAAUGUGCCUGUUAACUGCCCACUCCUUUAUUUCUAGUAAAUGGUGUUUUGAGGGUUAAGUUCUGAAAAGUUAAUGUUUCAGGAGGGGGGUCAGUGCAGUCUCCUGCAGAACAGAGCAGGUCCUGUCCUGCCCAGGAGUUCUCUCCCCAGUGCUGAAGCUCCGUGACUCAUGCACAGAGCUGGUGUGGCUGCUCUUUAUCUUCAGUGGAGCUGCUGAGUGAGUUCAGGGCUCCUUGUGGCUGUGGACACUUGGGGAGAGAGUCCCUGCUCUCAACAGCCAUGUCCACUUCAGCUUUGGAGCAAGGUGGAACAGAGCUGCUGUGAUGUGCAAAGAUCAGUGUCAGAAGAAGGAACUCCUCACUCUGUUUCUUUAUGUUAUGGUGCCUCUUGAGGGUUUGGGCAACUGGGCCAUCAGGUUUGGCCACUGAACUCACCAACUGCCAAGGCUGCAGGUUCUGAAAGGGAUCAGUGGCUGAGCUGGGCUGUGUUUCUCAAUCCCUGCUGGAUCUGAAACUGUGUCAGAGCAAAGGCAGCCUGAGAAAUAUCACGAAGGAGAAGGACACAUGGCAUGUUUAGAGAGCUACUGGGACCACUGACACAGUAGUCUGGAUGCAAUGGUUCUCCAGAGACCCUGGCUUUGUCUCUGCUGGAGCAAACUGGGAUGUUGCUUUAUGUCACAGUGUCUAAUUCUUUUAGCUUGUCCUCCACUGAAUUUUCAUACCAGAGCAGCCUACCCUCCUGCAAGGUUACAAAAGGCCUUUUAUUUAACCCCAUGACACAUAUAAAUCCUCCCACACUGUCCACUGUGCAGAUUGAUUUGCAGCCAGGGAAGACAAAUUCACAGUCUCUUGGCUAUUUCUUCUGAAAUCACUGCUCACCCCAGAUAGCACACAGGCCAUAGUUCAGAGAUUUUUCAAAGGCCUCUGCUAACUGCUCUGCCCUGGCUUAGCAGCCAGGGUCCCAGAACUAACAGGCUUUCAAGGCCUGUCUCCAUCCUGAGGACAGAGUUGUUUGGCUUUCUCCUCUCCACUCCUCCUUUGGGCAGAGGAUGGAAGGGGGGGGCAAUGGCCAGGACUAGAGCAACAAGAGAAUGAGCAGAAAGGUUUGCAGGGGCCAGCAGAACAAAUGGGAGGGAGGAUGGUCCAAAAUCCAAGGGGAGAAGAGGUGUGAGCACCCCGAGGACAGAGGGAGGGAGGGCACUGCCGUUUCACCACGUCGUGUGCAGACCUUAGAGUGUCAGUCCUCAGAGUGAUGUAGCACAAUUCCUGAUGUACGCGUGUUCCUUUUGUAAGUCGUCUCCUACCCUCACUAUUUUCAGUGUUCCUUGAUUUUUGGAGACUGUUGUAAAUAAAAGAUUUUGACAUUCUCA